AGAAUUCAAAGAAAGAGGAGAAAAAGGAGGGACUUUUUUUUUUUUUUUUUUUGAGAAAAAGGGACGAUUAGUUCUACUUCAAGUGUAACCACCUUCUAGGCUUAUUCAUGGUGCCUAUGACACCUACUAAUUUGCCCAAAAAUGGAAAAUGCUUUUGAAAUUGAGAUUGUACCCAAUUAAGACCUUUUUUUUCCAGAAUUUUUUUAACACCUCCAUGAUAUCAAUUUUCUGAAGAUCUGCAUGUAACUACUUUAUCCUUUUUUAUGAUAUAAGUAUAUAAUAUUUUCCUCAAUAUUUAUUUCUUUUCCCCUAGUUUGAUAUUGAGAUCAACGGGUUAUGAAUUCUUCUGGGGCAACUCGCAAGGAAGGGGGCUCCGAAUCUUCCUCCAAAAAAUCCUCAAAGAGGCCUCAAUAUUCCAGAUUCACACAACAAGAGCUUCCAGCUUGCAAACCAAUUCUAACUCCAGCAUGGGUUAUAUCAAUAUUCGUUGCUGUCGGAAUUAUCUUUAUUCCUCUUGGACUUAUUUCUUUGUCUGCGUCAGAGAACGUUAUAGAGGUUGUGCUGGAAUAUGAUGUAGAUUGUGUUCCGCCUGAUUAUAGAAAUGACAAAGUUGGAUUUAUUAAGAGCCCUAGCACUAACAAAACAUGUACAUUAAGUAUGACUGUUCCAAAGCAAAUGAAAAACCCUGUAUAUAUUUAUUAUCAGCUCGAGAACUUCUACCAAAACCAUCGCCGAUAUGUAAAAAGUAGAAAUGACAAACAAUUAAGGAACAAGGCUGCGGAACAGUUUACAGGUGAAUGUGAUCCAGAAGCAACUGCAGGGCCUGCCAAAGCUCCAAUUGUUCCCUGCGGUCUUAUUGCAUGGAGCCUGUUCAAUGAUACAUACAAAUUUUCUUCUGAUUCAAAUUCAAUUGAAGUUAACAAGAAACAUAUAGCAUGGGAGAGUGAUCGCAAGCAUAAGUUUGGAUCCGAUAUUUAUCCUAAAAAUUUCCAAACUCAAGGCCUCAUUGGGGGUGCUCAACUUAAUUCCAGCAUUCCUCUAAGUGAACAAGAAGAUCUUAUUGUAUGGAUGCGAACUGCAGCACUUCCAACUUUCAGGAAGUUAUAUGGAAAGAUAGAGCAAGAUCUUAAUGCUAAUCAGAAGAUAACAGUGGUUGUACAAAAUAAUUACAACACAUAUAGUUUUGGGGGUAAGAAGAGGUUGGUCCUUUCUACAACAAGUUGGAUUGGUGGUAAAAAUGACUUCCUUGGUGUAGGAUAUCUCACUGUUGGUGGGAUUUCCUUAGCUAUUGCACUAGGAUUCAUUUUGCUUUACGUCAUCAAACCUAGGGCUCUUGGGGAUCCGUCAUAUCUAUCUUGGAAUAGAAAUCCAGCAGGACACAUGAACUAAAAAUCCAGGACAUAGAGUAACAGAGAAACAUCUAACAAGAAAAGAAAAAACAACUUCGACGGCACAAAGUUGGGCCUGUAUUUCAAGAGUUGUGAUUGAACUUGUCGUUGCUGACAAUUUUAAGAAUUAACAGGAGAUUGUUUUAACAUUCAUAUAUCGCAAAAGUUGUACAAAAGCACCUCGUUUUUUAGGGCUAAUCAAUCUUCUCCCAAAAAUUUCUUUGAAAUUGUGAUUACUAUACGUACGUAGAUAUAUAAUGAAACUUUAUAUCCAGAA